AUGCUAAAAAGGGAGAUGAAGCCAGAAAGUGACAGGCCACGGAAAGUCCGGUUUCGGAUCGCGUCAUCUCACAGUGGGCGAGUUCUGAGGGAGGUGUAUGAAGACGGGCAACCCUCAGGCUCUCUGGACUCGGAAUGUGCCAGUAUCUGUGGGAUAGAUGGACUAAGUGAUUCAGACCGACAGCAAAACGGCCACACAGGAUCAGAAGGCGACGAGCACGAGAACGACCAGGAUAACUUGCUGGUGUUAGCAAGGGCGGCCAGUGAGAAGUGUUUUGGUACAAGAAGAGUGAACAUCGUAAGCAAAAAUGGCACAGUCAGAGGCGUCAAAUACAAAGUGAGUGCUGGCCAAGCCCUAUUUAACAAUUUGACCAAAGUAUUAGAGCAACCACCAACUGAACUGGAAUUUGACCGUGUCGUGAUUUACACCACUUGCCUUCGCGUGGUUCGGACAACCUUUGAAAGAUGUGAACUGGUUAGAAAGAUCUUCCAAAAUCAUCGAGUAAAAUUUGAAGAGAAAAACAUAGCUCUGAAUGGUGAAUACGGAAAAGAGUUGGAUGAACGAUGCCGAAGAGUUUCUGAAGCUCCUUCCCUCCCUGUCGUGUUCAUCGACGGCCAUUACCUCGGAGGCGCUGAGAAAAUUUUGUCAAUGAAUGAAUCAGGAGAACUGCAAGACCUCUUAACCAAAAUUGAGAGAGUGCAGCAUCCACACGCGUGUCUUUCCUGUGGAGGCUUUGGCUUUCUUCCGUGCUCCGUGUGCCAUGGGAGCAAGAUGUCAGUGUUUCGAAACUGCUUUACAGACUCUUUCAAGGCCCUGAAGUGUACGGCUUGCAAUGAGAACGGUCUUCAGCGUUGUAAGAACUGUGCUGGUUAG